UGUUAACUAUCUUAACCCUAGUGAUGCAGACAGAGCUAUCAGUACACUGAACGGACUAAGGCUACAGUCCAAAACUAUCAAGGUUUCAUACGCACGGCCCAGCUCUGACACCAUAAAGGAUGCCAACCUGUACAUCAGCGGCCUGCCGAAGGCCAUGACCCAGAAGGACGUGGAGGACAUGUUUUCACGCUUUGGACACAUCAUUAACUCCCGUGUGCUGGUGGACCAGGCCACAGGCACGACAGGCGCUUCCCGCGGGGUGGCUUUCAUCCGGUUUGACAAGCGGGCGGAGGCGGAGGAAGCUGUCAAAACUCUGAAUGGGCAAAAACCACCCGGAGCCGCUGAGCCAAUCACAGUGAAGUUUGCCGCCAACCCGAACCAGGUGAAGAACACGCAGAUCAUCUCUCAGCUCUACCACAACCAGUCCCGGCGCUUCGGAGGGCCCGUGCACCACCAGGCGCAGCGCUUCAGGUGAGAGAAGUUGUUAAUGUUUGCAUACACUCAGACAGUACAUGAUGGCUGCCAUUGCUCUGUUUUUCUACUAAUAUCAGAAUCUUAUGAGCUGAGCAAUUGAUGAUAGCUUAAAGGUCACCUAUU